AUAGAUAUAUUUUAUCUCAUUUUAACUUAUUGCACCAAUGCAGCUGAAAAGAACAGACCAUAGAGCUCUAUCACAUAAAAAUAACCUAUUCUAACCUUUUCGGUAGAAGAUUCACGAGGAAUUAGAAAUAUAUUACGGUUGUAUAACUGAAUGUAUCGUUUAAAUAACACAUGAUAACGUUUUUUAAUUUUACUAUAUUAAUAAAAUAUGUCCUGGAUUGUGAACUCCCUGCGUGCCGCUGUAAACACAUGGACUCCGCAAAUAACGUCAGUGAGAUUUCGCUAUCAUGCAGACAAGAUGGCAAGGGGACCCUUGAUACGGCGACAUGGAUAUAAAGAUCCUAUCAAUAUGAAAGGUCCUCUGGCCCGCGAUAGUGAUAAGCGAGUGAAGCAAUUACCGAUCUAUCGCCCGGCAGACGCUUGGGCUGAGAAACGGGCACUCUUUGGUCAAAAUGACUACAUUGACAUAUUAGGCAACGAUAAUCUUCACCCGACGAGAAUUCUUUACAACGUACCUGCGUGGUUGAGGGGUGUCAGUGGUAAUGAGUUUCAGGUCUUGCUCAGGAAGCGAAAGGUAUUGCAACACGGUGUAUACCCACUUGCAAGGCCCACUAAAUGGAAGGAUUUGUCUAAGAGGAUACGUUAUCUGUACAAAGUCCUCAACCGUAAGACUAAGACCUACUAAUUUAGCUAUCACUCAUAUCUUGUUAGUGUAUAAUUGCAUAUUAUUUUUAAUUUGAUCGCAGUGUUUUGCAACUAUAGAGGUACAUAGAUAAAUUGAGUUCUGCUGAAAGAAGCAGUAUGGGAACAUGUGAAGAACAGAAAGAAUAGUGGUCCUAUCAUAAACAGUCCUUGUCCUAAAUAGAAGCAGUUGGGAGGAAACUUUAUAAAUAUAAGUAAUAAUCCAUAGAUAGAUAUAUAUAUAUAUAUAUAUAUAUAUAUAUAUAUAUAUAUAUAUAUAUA